CUCUCGUUCCACUCGUUAGCACGGGUUUUUAGUAAGUUCGCGUUUAUAGGAGAGACUUACGAUGUUUAGUCGCCUUUGAGUCCGUCAACUACAUACAUAGUACCAGUAAGGAGAGAUGUCCAGCAUCUGCUGUACCGGAUCCUCCCUGUGCCAAGAGAUCGCAGUACGUGCCUGCAUGUGAACGCGCCUCGAUUUUGUAUUUUUCUACGUUUCAUUGUGCUAUUUUCAAUAUGUGUCGCUGAGCAUCUCUUCGGAUAUUUCUCACACCUUACGCCGAUCAUAUGAAAAAUGUCGAAGCUCGGUGACAAGCCAAGCUACGCGCAGACAUACAAGCUCGUCGUCGUUGGCACGGGCGGUGUCGGAAAAUCUGCGAUCACGAUACAAUUCAUUCAAAGCUAUUUUGUAACCGAUUACGACCCAACAAUCGAAGACUCUUAUACCAAACAAUGUGUUAUCGAUGAUGUUCCUGCGAAACUUGAUAUAUUAGACACAGCAGGUCAAGAAGAAUUUAGUGCAAUGCGAGAACAAUAUAUGAGAAGCGGCGAAGGAUUUCUACUUGUAUUCUCGAUAAGUGAUCUUUCAUCUUUCGAUGAAAUAUUAAAAUUCCACAGGCAGAUACUUAGAGUAAAGGAUCGAGAAGAAUUUCCUAUGCUUAUGGUUGGUAACAAAGCUGAUUUGGAUUAUCACAGAGUUGUUCAAGUUGAAGAGGCACAAAAUAGAGCUCGUCGAUUGAAAAUUCCGUAUAUUGAAUGUAGCGCAAAAUUAAGAAUGAACGUUGACCAAGCUUUCCACGAAUUAGUAAGAAUUGUCAGAAAGUUUCAGUUAUCUGAAAGACCACCGCUAGAAUUAAACUACAAGAAAAAUAAAAAGAAAUGUUGUAUGUUGUAAUACCUAAUAUGUUUUUAAUUGACGAAUUUUUGUAUCAACAAAAUGGUACAAAAAGGUUGGAUCAAAAAUCAGAAUUGUGGAACUAAUCAAAUCAUAAGAAUCGUAAUCUCUUACACUUAAGUUGUAAGAAUUUGAAAUCUAAAAUAACGGAUUGUUCAAAUGCUUUUGAUAAUAACAUUUUUAACUGAGAAUUUAUAUACGUAACUCGGAUCAAAGAAUGCUUUAAGCACGUAUAAUAUUUUUGAGUAUAUUACAAAUACUUUGUACUAAAUUACAAAACGAAUUAACAUAGUGGUAUUUAUCAGAAGUGUAGUAACACUGUCCACAAAUCGUGUAACUUUAAUUGUAUAAGAAAUAAAAAUAACGACGUAUUUUAUUAAAAAUA